GAGAGGGCUAGAGCAACAAGACUCUCCACGGCAGAGCAGCAAAAAAAAAAGAAAGGGGAAAAAAAAAGAAAGAGGGAGACAGCCGGGUCACGGGAGUCCACCAAGCAUCCAGGAAACCGCUCACAGCUCAGGGACUCGGCCAAAAGAGGUGGGGAGCAGUUUGUUAUUGGAAAAGCUGACAAGAGAGCAAGGGAGCGGGGAGGGGAGAGAAAGAGAGAGGUGGCUGCCUGACUUUGACUUGGUCAGUGAAGGCCUCAUGCAGCUUCUUAGCAGCAACUCAAUCCCAUUUUUAUCUGCCUGACACUCCACGACUUUGAGCAGAACUCACCAGGAGCCCAGACCAGAGGGAAAGUAAAGAGGGGGAUAAAAAGGAAACAGGAAGAAAAGCCUGAAGAGAAACCAUGAUGACCCAAGAACAGUGCACUCAUAGGAACAAUGUCCAGAGUUCAGAGAAACCCCAAGUGUACAAAGUGGGAAUAUACGGCUGGAGGAAACGCUGCCUUUACUUCUUCGUCCUGCUGCUGAUGAUCCUGAUCCUGAUCAACUUGGCACUAACUAUCUGGAUCCUUAAGGUCAUGAACUUCACCAUAGAUGGCAUGGGCAAUCUCAGAAUAACAGAGAAGGGCCUGAAACUGGAAGGGGACUCUGAGUUCCUCCAACCCCUUUAUGCCAAAGAAAUCCAAUCCAAACCAGGCCGCCCGCUGUUCCUGCAGUCAUCCAGAAACGUGUCGGUCAAUAUCGUCAACAGCAACAACCAGCUGCUCACGCAACUCGUAACCGGAUCCAAUGGAUUUAAAGCACGAGGCAAGAUGUUUGAAGUCAAAUCCACGACUGGGAAGCUCCUCUUUUCUGCCGACGAGCAGGAGGUGGUGGUGGGCGCUGAGAGGCUCCGAGUGAUGGGAGCCGAAGGAGCCGUGUUCAGCAAAUCAGUGGAGACGCCACAUGUCAGGGCCGAGCCGUUCAAAGAGCUGAGACUGGAGUCUCCCACUCGUUCUCUACUGAUGGAGGCUCCUAAAGGCAUCCAGAUCCUGGCUGAGGCUGGAGACAUCCAGGCCAUCUGCAGGAAUGAGCUGAGACUGGAGUCCAAAGACGGAGAGAUAUCUCUGGAUGCUCGGAGGAUUCGCCUGAUGCGGCUGCCUGAGGGGAAGGCCUCCACCAGCUCCUCGUCCUCUGGGACCAGGCAGACUGUCUACGAGGUUUGCGUUUGCCCCAACGGGAGGCUUUUCUUGUCCCAGGCCGGCACCGGAUCCACCUGCCAGUUUAGCAACAACGUCUGCCUCUAGGACUGAUUCAUACAAAUAUACAUAAAUACACAGAUACCCUGAAAGAAAGACGGGCAAAAACAGACAGAUGUACACAGAUCGCCUGCCUCUAGGACUGAUUCACAGCAAACACUACAUACAAAGACUGCCAGAGCUGAUGGAAAUAUAAACAAUCAUAGAUACUGUACCUAUACAGACACACUGAUGUAUACACUUUACAAUCACAGACACUGAUGACUGAUAUUUAGGCUCAACCGAUAUGUUUUAACAGGCCAAUACUAAAAAUGUUGGAUUGAAGCUGAUGACAGCUGAUAUUUUUGCCAAUAUUUCAAUGCUAAAAAAUAUUUCCUCCUUUAAUUUUAUAUGUUUCAGAGAGUAAAAGCCUUUGAAAACAGCAUUUAGAGAAUCAUAGGAGACUAAAACUCUCCAGUGAGUGUCAUUCACAUCUAUAUUAGCUCUUUAUACAUACAGUACAGCUGAAGUUAUUAGGCUUUAAAACUGAAUUACAAGAAUAAAGGAAAAAGGAAAAUGGGUUGCAUUGCAGGUUUUAACAACUUUUUAACAUAACUGAGAUCAGAAAGGAACCUUCACAUUCAUCAUAUUAUGGAUAUUGGAGGACACUGACUGGCUGAUUCACUGAUAUUUAAUAAAAGGACAGUAUUGGUAAUAUAUUGGUCUGACCCUAACAGUCAUGACAUGACACUGCUAUUUAUGAAUAGCGUACACACAUACAGACACACACACCAACUUACAGACAUGCAUUCACACAGUCUAGAUAUUUCAACAUGGUGUACACACACUCUCACUCUUUGCUCGUAGGAGCCUCCUGGUAGAAACUAAGAGGAAAAUCUCCAGAGAUGUACUAGAAGACACACUGAUCUGUUCCCUGUCUCCCUCAACAGCAUUUCAGUAUCAGAAUCACUAGGGUGAUCACCCAUGGCAAAAGGCCCCACCGACUCCCUCUCCCUGCUGUUGUUCUUCUCCUUUUACUCAUCUUUUCUUUUUCUUUCUCCGAUUGUUAGCACAGCUGUGAUAAUGAAAGGAUUUCUACUUUUCCUGCUGCUCAUAAGGCAUUUUAAAGCUCCAUAGGCAUAUUUUAAGCACUUAAUUACAACUAUUCCUCAUAUGAAUUGUAUCAGGAAAUAAAAUAAUGAAUAUGAGGACCUGACAUGGAUGUGUUUUAAGAACUGGAUACCAGACUUCAAAAUGGCACCCAUUCACCUUAAUGAAUGAAAAUUGCUUGGCCAACACACAAGCCAAAAAAGCUUUCUAGUUUACAGGUUCGCUCAGCCCAUAGACUUAACAUUGGGAUGAUGGCACGCUUUUCUAGUGUCUUGGAAAGUUUUACAAAUAUAACACCUUCAUGGACUGAAAUUGAUAAUGCAGCGUAGUACCUGACCUUGUUUGCAGUUUUAGGCAUCCUAUUAAAAGUUUUACAGAUGCCUAUGCUAUAAUGGUUUUACUUGCAAUACCACAAGUGGCCAUUGGAAUAAAUAGGCAGCAAGGCUGACUGGCAGUGUCUGUCCAGCUCUCUUAAAACAUUCAUGGGAUAGUACAUAAGGUAAACAUAUUGACAGCAGCCAUUUCAGUCAGAACACAUACCAGAUGCAGAUGUGUAUGUGUUAUGUAUAUAGGCAGCGAAGUUGUGUGUCAGUAAAUUAGCAAGCAAAAUAUUCAGCCUAUUUGAUCUUUGGUACAAUCUGUCCAAAGCCUAUCGUGAAAAACUAUGACUUAUGCCAUGUUCACUUUCUAUCACAUUCACCCAACUGGGAAAAAUCAUUCAACAACUGUUCAAAUUUACUCCCCUAACUUUUAACAUUUGGUAUGACGUGCACAUGGCACAAGUGCUGCAAACAAACCUCAACCACUGGUAUGUCAGAUGGUUUCUCUUUUUAAUGAGAUUUCCUUUUUUAAUUUGAUGUAAUCUUUUGAUUUUAAGCUGAAUGGAAAGCUAUUUUAAUUUCACAUAAUGUCAGUAUCAUGUUUUGCCUGCAUAAAUCCUGUCCAUGUCUCUUCCUGCCAAAACAGUAUCACCCUCCUACCACCCUGGCAAUGAAGACAAUGAUAAAAACAGCUCAACAUCCUGUUCUAACACUUAAAAGAACAUACUGUAUGUCAUAAAUGUCCAAUAUAAGCUGCUCGAACCUCUGUGGUGGUCACCCUACUUGUUUCUUGCACUGGGACAUUUUUAAAAAAAGGACAAAAAAAAACUAACUAAUGCGAGCCACUCUGUUGAAAGAGGGGAACUGUGCCUGUGCCUUAUGUCAAUGCACUUGUGGCAAGAAGAAGCACAUCACACAGACUUUCUUUGGCAUCAACGAGUAACCUGACCUCUGAUUUCAGUUCAGUUUCAUCCCAUCUACAAAUCUCUCCCUCUGUGUGAAUGCAAAGACCUUCAGCCACAUCUGACUGUAGCGCCCCCUGCUGUCAACACCUGACUCUGCAAAAGGAUGAGGGAUUUUUUUCUUUUUCUAUUUACCACCUAAGCUUCCCCAGUUUGGGCUGAUGCGCUUGUUACUUUGCUUUUCAUGAUCAAAUAUUCUGUGUGAAAACAUGUAUGUGUUUCUAUUAAUGUUUUAGGUGAUGAACAUGAAGUUUAACAUACAGAUUAUGCCACUGAUGGGUCUCAUUUCCACUGCUUAUCGCAAACUACUUGGCCAAAUACAUUUAGUUUUACCAACAUGUUACCACACAAGAUCAUUACAUCUUAACACUCCUAUUUUCUCAUCUUAACAGGUUAGAUGUCAAAAGCAUGUUGGUUUGUGACAUGUGAAUUCCUGGGUUUUAGGUGGAGACCAGUUUGGCGAGAAAACUUCUUUUAAUUUCUUGUAUUUAUAUACAAUAUCAUAGCACUGCUUUCUUUCUGUAUUCAAACCAUAUUAUUAGUAUUAUUGUAACAGUGUAACCAUGCACAGAUAUUCUAGAAAGAGAGAUUAUUUAAAAAACAUUUAAAAAAGGGGAAUUGCAUUGAAUUUGACUUAACAUUUUUUUCUGGCCAUAGGGUACAAUUCUCAUCGACAAACCUGUUUCUAAUGAACUUAUCUGCAAAGUUGUAGUGUUCAUACGGAGCAUAUCAGCAAAACAUUCAGUGACAAUGUAUACUUCUUUUGUUUUCCUGACAAGCUCUGCUUCUGCUUUAUGGUUCUUUCACAUGGAAGCAUCAGUCAACAUUAUCAAAUCAGAUUUUGACCUUUUAAGAUGCAAUAACUUGUAAAGGCAUAAAGGUGUUGUGUCAUAACACCCACGAGAAACUACACCAUUUGGCCAAGCAGCUUGUGAUAACUCUUUAAUUCACUCAUAGUAACGCACAGCAUUUAUUUAUAUCUCAUGUUGUUUAAAGUGUCACAUCCUUUUCACGAGUCAGGUGUACCAGCCUUCUUGCUGUCUCUCAGCUUCUCUGUCGCUGUAUAUUAAACGACUUUCAGAAAUAUUUCACAACAAAAUGGAACCUAUCUGAUGUAUUUGUUUUUUGAAUACAUGUACACAAGAGAAAUCCAAUUUUUUUAUACGGUUGUAUAUGUAAAUAAUGUAUACAUAGCCGCGUCGGUGCACAUCAGAUGAUAGAUGCUGACGAAAGAGAAACACUGCUCUUUUGCAAAAAGGAAAACCUUUUUAUAAUGUACAUCAGUAUGUGUUUUUAUACUAAAAGGGCAAAAAAAAUAAUGUUAAAGGAUGUUCAUUGAGUUAGCAUGUACAGCAAUGUAUACAAUGUUCGCCUGUGGAGAACAAGCUGGUUUUGUUUUUAUGCCUUCUCCUUCCUGUAUUUGUCACUCCUGCUGAGCUCAGAUGUUUCCCACAAACACGAAACCUGCUUUAUUUUAGUUUUGUUGUUGUUCUGUUGGGCCCGAGGUCUUUGCAUUCUCUCCAAGUGUGCUGUGUGUAAAUUUGUGCUACUAUGCGUGAGCUUUUGUUUUGUUCUUCUGCUCCACAGAACGUGUUGAAUGACUCUCAGAGAAGCAAACACAGAAACCAAAAGUAAAAAGAAAAAGCAGAGAAGGAAAUUAUACAGAGGAUUACACAAGAGUUGCAACCAUCAGAUUAAUGCAGAACCAGGCAACAAAAAUCCAAUUAUUGAAUAACCUAAUUACCAAUCAUCGGAUCAAUUAUCAGAUCAGAAACAACAUGGCAAUCGGACAAAAAAAGUUAUUAAAAGUAAAUGAUUACUUGGACAUUGGAUUUGACCAGAUCACAUUAUAUAAUGCAUCCCUGUGUGUUUAUGCUGAGUGCUCUGUACUUCCUUUUCUGGCUACGCACUGGGGUUAACAUCCAUCCUGAAUAUUCACAUUUUUCUUCAUUCUUCAGUCUGAAACUGCCGUUCAUGGAGUAGUUUUCAAUGAUGCCAAAAUAAAAGGCGUUUGCUCAAAUUGAUUGCAGUAGUCAUUGGAUCCUUCCUGACAAGAAAAAAAUAACUAUAAAUUCUAUGUACAGAACAAGAAACCUCUUCAGUGCGAACUUCAUAUAAUGUAUUAUUUUUGAGGGCUGAGCUUUCUUUAGUAGAGACUUGAAGUACUGCUCUCCUAGCUACCCUGUAUUUCAAUUGUAUCUAAAUGAUAAUGCAAUGAUCUUAGCAUCUAUUUUAGCAUUUAGCAUCUAGCAACUGCAACUUCCAUGAAGCAACAUGACUUUGUAGUAUUCAUUCUACUUUGUUACAUCAUCUUGGAGGGGGUUGUUAAGUUAAACCACAUAUUGGCUGACUAGCUAGACAGUGUGCAGGCUUCGGCUCUCUAUAACAGUCAGUGACAUCUGGAAAACUGAAGAGUAAUGCUGGUGGAAAAAGCUGAUUGAUUGGCCAGGUUUAUUACGUUUAUUCCCUUCUCUAGUUUCUGUCUUAUAUUACCUGUUGUGCUGAAAUCCCAGAUGUUAAGUGUAUCACAAAGAACCCAGUGCCAUACAACAGUGAAGUCAAUGAUAACAAAUCAAGUUUUCAGAGGUUCAGAAGCUGGUUUCAGGCAGUCUGAGAAAAACGCUGCUUUGAUCUCAAUUUGACAGUGUCUCAUUUAAAAGAAGAAGAAAAAAUUCAUCCUAAAAGUAAUGGGGAGUCAUCUGCUCCCUCAGGCCACGCUUUACUGCACUAAAUCUCUUUUCAUCUGCAGACAUUUCUGCUACAACUUAAAGCAUGUAUACAGUGGUGAGUGGAGGACAGGGUAGAUUACACAGAAUUGUAAAGAAAGUUAUUUUUAACAUAUUCCUAGUUCGUAGAAUGUUUCAUUUCUUGUCAAUAUAUGACACAAGGCCAUAGCUACAUUGCAUUGAUGACAUUGAGGUCAUCUCUACUGUAUUCUUUUCUGUAAAUUUGCAGGUUUUGGUAUUAUAUUUUACAAUAUAAAGCUACCACGUGGUGUAUAUUUAACUGGAAUGCUUACAGUAUUUUAAAUGUUCAGUUAAAAUUAAAAUUGUAGGGAAUGUAUCAUAACUUGAAGAUCUACAGCAAAGAGAGAUUUUCUUUUUCUUCAUUAAAAAUGAAAAAUCCACCUAAAACAUUUUUCAAAUUGUCAGAAAUGUGAAGAUUUACCCACCACACUUUGAUGUCCUUUAUAUUUCUGAGUCAGUUUAGUUGUUUGGUAAGCUUUCUAUCAUGACCAUCCAUUUGUAAAUGCAACAGUUUUCAAAUGACAGUUCUAUUCUGGAGAUAAAAACCUAGACAAGUAUGUUGAAAAUGAUACAUCCUGUUAUAUUGUAUGCUACUUGUAUAAUAUAAUGAUGUCACCUGAUCAUAUCACUGAUGAUCCAUACAGAAACUGGAAGAAUACUGGAUUUAAUCUACCCAAAAUGACAUGUGCAGCAGUCCUUUGUGUUUUAUCUCAUGCUGUUUCCUGGUUCACCCAGUUUCCACAUUUCGCUGACGUCCUCGUAAUCUUCAUGGUGCUAUAUCGUUCUGGUGGCACAUGAGUAAUCAUAUGUGUGAAAUUGGUUUCCAGAGAGUUUUGAUGCCUUUCUUUGUCUCUGAGCGUAAAAAAACACUAAAGAAAAGGAGACAAGCCCUGGAGCUUUUUGUCAGGUGUUAAUUAAACUUUUUAUUCAGAGAAAAUAGUCUAAACUUAUUUAAGUACAGGCCUUUUUGCCUUUCUUUUUGCAUCUUGUAAGUCAAUGCUACUAUCAUCACCAACAUGCCAAGAGCAGCAACAGCUGUCACAGAAACUGUCCCAUUACUAAAAGUCAAACAUUUGAUCCCUUAUAACAGACAAAUCAGUCUUCUUUUUACAGUCUGCUGUAGAGUAGCACUGGCCACAUUCGAUCAAACUUAAAUUUCCUUUUAGCAUAUUUCAAUUUUAAUAUUUUUACCCGACCCUUGUGCUGAGCUCUGGCAGAGUUCAGUAUGAGUCAUGCCUCCUCUCUUGUUUGCCGUGUUAUCAGCCGAGUGAACUGGUGCCACCCCAGAUUAAGCCGCGCUCCUCGCUUUCUUCGGCUUACGAUGGUGAGGCCAGGCUGCAGACAGAGUGUUUGAUCUGUGUUUCUGAGCUGCUGGAGGCCUGGAAAAUGGGCUUCAGCUGAUUGGCUCAUUAGCCAAUCUUCACUCAGCGUCGACUAACCUCAAGCUACAGAUACGCUGAAAAAAAAAUACAUCUUAGUGUGUCAUUAAAGCAUUUGUCCUGUAUCAAAUUUGCAGAAAACAACUGAUGUUAUCUAAAUGGGACUGGCGACAAGUCAAGUUUGAAUGCUCUUUGUGAAAAGCCUUUCCCUUCCAUUUCUUUAUCAUUACAAUAACUGUCAAAGGAUGAAAGUUAGCAGGAUUAGCAGCUUCCCCAUCAAUCAUACAUUUGAUAUGCCCAACUUGACCCUCAGUUGUCAGGGUUUUGACUAGUUUGUCUCAUGCAACAGCUCUAUCUUUGUCCUUUCACCAACAACUGAUGGCGAACUGAGGACGUUUCAAGGUCGAGUGUCUUUUUCACAGAAAGGCAGACAAAGAUUUCAUGCGACUUUGUGCCAUUUCACUUUUGAGAAAAGAGCUUCUUCUUCUGCGUCUUCAUACAAAGACUUUUCUUUAGGAUUAUUGGAAUAAGAUGCCCAUAAAGCUGAGAGUGAGUUAUUGACUGGGCUUUUCUCAGUGUCAUGCCUCAGUUGAAAGGAAAGUAAGAAAAGGGGUUUAUCUUUUUUUUUAAAUGUUACCUAAAGGGCUGCAUGAAGAGGAGUGAAGUCUGUGUAAUGCAAAAAGCUUAACUUGAACUGUAAAUGUGGAGGAUGUUAAACACACAUUUAUAGGAAUGUGGCCUGUUGUUGCAUCAUCAGUGCUGGUUUCUGUGCUUUUUGUUGAGGAAGUUCCCACAGAGAAGGGAUUUUGCCUGUGGUUAAAUAUGAAUAUCACCUGUGUUGUUUGAAGCUGGUUUAAAUAUUUCAUUAAUCUCAACACUACCAUAAGUCAGCUGUUUAAUGGUGGAGGCUCUGCUUGUAUCAGCUCAACUGUUGCAUGUUUUUUCCAUGACAAACAGGAACAGGCUUUCCUGAAUUCUCUGUUUUUCGUAUGUUGCAGGCAACCAUUUGGUUUAAUUUUGGCUAACAAUGAAAACACAGGCAUUUCUUUUUUGCAGGAAAGCAGCCAUUGUCGUGCAGUCUCUAAUACAAUGAUUUGGUCAAUAAAACAAUGCAAGUGAUGUGAAUUUCAGCUUUUCGUCUGGUGGAUGGAAAUGUUCUUCCCUCGUUGUCAUUUAAGUUUUAUUCACUGAUUUGAUUUGCUUUUACCUGUGCUGGUUGUUGAGAUUUAUCACAGGAUGUUGAGUGCCAUGUAUUUGUAAUACCUUUAUUUCUGUUUCAUUUGCAGUGAGUGUAAAACCUUUAAAGAAAUAUAUUUUGUCUUUGAGCUGUUGUGUGUGUGCGUGUUUUUGCUCACUUUUGCCUAUUUGUGGGUACUGGAUCAAUGGUAUUUAUACAGUAGAUACUUCUGAAUGAAGUGUUUUUACCUGCCAGGUGUAUCAGGUGGUCACAUGAAUGUGCACACCGGGCUGUAAAGAUUUUUUUUUGCGUAAUUCAUGCACUUACUGCACUCCAUGUUGGCUAAAACAAAUGCUAACCAAUAUAUUUGCAGUGUGUUGUUUGAUCCAGGUGUGGUAAUCUUGCCUUUUCUUUUGGCUUCACAGAAACGUGUUAUGUGACCUUUGGUGUCAUUUCAGUGGAGCACAAAAAGCAGAACAAGGACUCAAAUGAAAUAUGUUGCUUCUGAUAUCAUAUCAUGUCAUAUUUGCCCAACACCAACCAAGUGUAAAUACGAGCCCACUAUUUCAAAGGAGGAGAUUUUUUUGUACUAAACUCUCACGCUUAAUAAACAUAAAGGUACCAGUUACGGAUCCUUGACACCGUCACUGGUUACAGAUUUUAAAAGUGUGGAAAAAUUCAGUGUUUGCUUGAGAUUUGUGAGACUGAGAACUUAUGUGUCAGACUUACAGGAUGUUAUAGUUUUUAUCUGUUUGUACCAUGAUGUACGCAAAGGGGAUCCCCACACAUUCUAUGCAAACAAAUGGAUAUAGAACACAUUUUAGUAAUGCAAUCGAUUAUGUCAGUAAACUCUCUUAAAUUUAUUUUACUUUCUGUAUACAGUUUGUAUUUAUGAACUGAGUUGCAAUCUAAACUGUAUCAAUAAACGUAUUUUAAAAAGA